AUGUCGAGUACACAACCACGCCGGCCUCUCCUCCCUGGUGUCAAUGUUCCCCUCAUUGCCCUCUUCGAUGCUUCAAGCGAAGAUCUCGAUGUUGAAUCCAUACGAAAGCACGCUGCGAGAAUUGGUCGAGCCGGCGUCACCUCGGUGACCGUCCAAGGAAGCAACGGUGAAGCGGUGCAUCUGACACGCGAGGAACGCAGCCUCGUCAUCUCAACAGUGCGCAAGGCAUUGGACGAAAGCGGUGCCACUCAUCUCCCAAUCGUUGUCGGUUGCGGUGCCCAGUCUGUCCGCGAGACCGUCCUCUUCUGUCAAGAUGCCCUUGCGGCAGGUGGCGACUAUGCUCUGGUGCUGCCACCAAGUUACUACAAAACAUCUUAUACUCCCGAAGCAUUGUCCCGCUACUUCCUGGACGUGGCCGAUGUCAGUCCUCUACCGAUCGUGAUCUACAAUUACCCGCCAGUUGUAGGUGGCGUCGACCUCAGUAGCGACGCCACCACGACUCUCGCCAAACACCCCAACAUUGUCGGGUGCAAGCUGACCUGCGGAAACACUGGCAAGCUGAAUCGAAUCGCGCAUGCUGUUGAGGCCGCGACAGCAACCGAGGCGAAUAGCGGCUGGAUGUGUAUGGGAGGAAGUGCGGAUUUCAUUUUACAAACCUUGGUCGCCGGCGGCAGUGGGGUAGUGGUUGGCUUGGGAAAUCUUGUUCCCAAAUUGUGCGUGAAGGUGUUUGACCUGUAUAAAGCUGGAAAGCUGGAAGAGGCACAGAAGCUUCAGGCCAUUCUGGCUAGGGCAGAUCUCGUCGUUGGGGAGGGCGGCGUGGCGGGCACCAAGAGCGGGCUGCAGACCUGGUUCGGCUAUGGCGGGAUUCCCAGAAGACCAUUGCCUCAGCUGAACCCGGAUACGGCGACAAAAUUCAACAGUCUCCUUGAAGAAGCUGUAGCUUUGGAAAAGGGAAUGUAG